CUUUGCAGAUAGCCCACAGGUGAAAUUUUUCAUUACUUUAGUUCAGAGUAGCAAGCCACGCGAAGGUAUUCAGUCUUGUUCCUGCCGGCAAAGUGAACACACACGGGGCUUUGUGAAGAAAAGAAUCCAUUUUGGUGAUUCAGCAAAAACGAAAAGAGGAGUGCUGGCCUGUGCAAAAUACGUUUCGUGGUGUGUCGUGUCGAAAUUUUAGUUCGUUUCUUCUAUUUGUUGUUUGCACAUUCGCCAAUUUGUGCAACCAUUUUAUUUUUGGUCAGUGUGCUUGUGUUUUCUGUAUUCUUGGCACGGGUCGGAAAAGGCUCCCACUCGGUGCCUGGUGGUGUGACGUCAUCAUGGUACUCAGACUUGUGUUGGCGGUUGUUUGUUGUUGUUCGCUGACAUACGCUCAGAAUGAAGGGACGUAUACUAUCGUGGCUCCAAAAGUAUUGCGACCGAGUUUGGACUAUCACGUGUCCAUCAGUUUACAUGGCGGGGCAGCAUUGACCAAUUUGGUUGUGGCCAUCGAAGGACAACAAGACGGUGGUGGACUUGUACGAAACGCCCAAAGCGCCACAGUUGAACCCAAUUCCACCCAAGUCAUCAAGUUUCAGAUUGGCGAACUGGGACCUGGCAAAUAUAAUUUGACGGCCCGCGGAUCGGGUGGUUUGAAUUUCGUCAACACGACAGAGUUGGAUUACGCGGAAAAGAGCCAUUCGGUCUUCAUCCAAACGGACAAGGCCAUCUACAAACCUGGGCAUAUGGUCCAAUUUCGCGUCAUCGUCGUUAAUCCGCAACUGAAACCAUCUGUCGUCGGUUCGCUGGACGUCUUUAUGACGGACGGGAAAGGCAACCGAGUCAAGCAAUGGAACCGGGUUUUCACCAAACAGGGCGUCUUUGCUUCCGAACUUCAGUUAUCCGAUCAACCUGUUUUGGGCGACUGGAACAUUACGGCUGUCGUCUCUGGCCAAAGUUUCUCCAAACAUUUCCAAGUGGCCGAAUAUGUUUUGCCAAAAUUCGAAGUCACCAUCGAUCUGCCAACUUACCUCACUUUUAACGAAUCCAAAAUGGUGGCAACCAUCAAAGCCAAGUACACGUACGGGAAACCCGUCAAGGGCAACGUGACAAUCGCUGCCUACCCGCAAUAUCGGGUCUCUUAUAUUCAACCGUUUUUCACUGAACCGGUUCGCAAAACGGUUCAGAUUGAUGGGAAAGUUGAUGUUGAUUUCAAUCUCUUUAAAGAGCUCAAGCUAGUGGAUGAUUUUGAACGAGAUAUCCGGUUUGAUGUGACUGUUAUCGAAGGACUGACGGAACGUAAACAAAACACGAGCUCUUUAUUGACGCUGUAUAAAUACAAGUACAAAAUGGAAUUGAUCAAGACGUCCGACAGUUUCAAGCCUGGCCUUAAAUACACGGCCUUUUUGAAGCUGGCCUAUCAGGACAACACGCCGAUCCAAGACGCCAACGGCGUGGUGAUUGUGAAACACGGCUUUUCACACAAUCAAGAUGAAUACAAUCGGACCGAGUAUCCCGUCCCGCGUAACGGCAUUCUCGAGCUCAACUUUUAUCCACCUGUCGACGAGAAUGUCUACACUCUUGGCAUUGAGGCGCAAUAUCAAGAUUUAGUCGAGUGGUUUUCGACCAUCAAUCGUGCCCAGUCUCCGAGCAAUUCGUUUAUCCAAGCCAUCUUGACGACGGAGAAUCCCAAAGUAAACGAAGAAAUUGCCAUCGAGGUCAACUCUACAGCGCCACUCGAUUCCUACACUUACGAGGUGAUGGGUCGUGGCAAUUUGAUUGUCGCUCGUACCGUACAAGCCGGAAAUCAAAGGUCGCACACUUUCCGGUUCCAAGCGACGGCCGCUAUGGCUCCUGUGGCCCGUGUUGUCGUCUAUUACGUACGACCCGACGGCGAAGUUGUGGCCGACGCUCUCAACUUUGACGUCGAAGGAACUUUUCAGAAUUUUGUGGAAAUUCAAGUUGCUCCGGACUCUGUUGAACCGGGCAAAGCCGUCGACAUUGUGGUCAAAGCAAAACCGAAUUCAUAUGUUGGCGUCCUCGGCGUCGAUCAGAGCGUUUUGCUUUUAAAGACGGGCAACGACAUUUCUCGGCAAGAUGUUUUGGAUGAAGUGAAAUCGUAUGAUUCAACCCGGCGGCCUGAUUUUACGUCGUGGCUUCCAGAAGUUGGAGGACGUUCAUUUUGGUGGCCUUCGUCGGCAACAGCCGGUGAAGUUUUCAGCAAUUCCGGCACUGUGGUUUUGACCAAUGGAUACGUCCAGGAGAGCAUGCCGUUCGGAAGCGAACGAACAACGUUGAGACCGAAAGCGGUCAACCGGCCGACGAACCGGCCGAUUCCUGCUCGCGGUUCGGCAAACGCAGUGGCCGUCGACAAAGGACCGGCUUUCACUUUGCCAACUCUGAUCCGUCCCCCGCUAGCUGGACCUUAUGCCUUCUCUCGUAUCCCAACUCCAGCCGAUGACAAUCCCAAAAUCUUUUUACUACGCGAUCCGCCCCCGACGUGGAUCUUUCAAUCCGUCGACACCGGGACGGACGGAACUGCCCGUUUUGUCAAAGAAGCUCCUGAUACAAUCACAUCUUGGGUGAUUACUGCCUUUUCUUUGGAUACGUUUCACGGUCUCGGCGUCAUUGAACAACCUGCCAAAAUGCAAGUGUUUCGUCCAUUCUUUAUUCAAUUGAAUUUGCCUUACUCUGUGAUACGUGGGGAAGUCGUCGCCAUACAGGCCGUUGUCUUUAAUUACAUGAACAAGGAGAUUACGGCCGAAUUGACUUUUGAGAACAUUGGCGAUUUCCAGUUUGUCGAUAACGGCGUGGAAGACAAUGAAAUUUCAAGCGAAACCAUCUUCCGCAAAAAAUCGGUCCGAAUUCCAGCUCAAGACGGCACGCCCGUUUCUUUCCUCAUCCGUCCGACUACAUUAGGCAACAUCGAUCUUCGCUUGACUGCCAAAGCGACAACAGCCGGUGAUGCCAUCGUCAAGAAACUGCUCGUCAAAGCGGAAGGAGAAACCAUUUACCGCAACAAGGCCUAUUUAUUAGACCUGCGUUCCAGCCGAUCGUACACCAACAACGUCACAGUCACCAUUCCGUUCAACGCCGUGCCCGGCUCGCAGUCUGUCGAACUGUCCGCCAUCGCUGAUAUUAUGGGACCGAGCAUCAACAAUUUGAACGCGUUGCUGCGCAUGCCGUUUGGAUGCGGAGAACAGAAUAUGCUUCUCUUUGUGCCCAACAUUGUCGUCACCGAGUACCUGAAGAAUACCGGCCAGUUGACGGAUGCCAUCAGCUCGAAAGCUUUGGGAUUCAUGGAGACUGGAUACCAAAAAGAAUUGACGUACAAACGCGAUGACGGCUCGUUCAGCGCCUUUGGCAAAAGCGACGCUUCCGGCAGCACGUGGUUGACUGCUUUUGUAGCUCGAUCAUUCCGUCAAGCUCAACCUUACAUCACCAUUGAAGACCACGUCAUCGAUGACGCUCUGCAGUGGUUGUCAGCCAACCAAGCUGUCAACGGCUCUUUCCCGGAAGUUGGCAAAGUUUCCCAUACUGAUAUGCAGGGCGGAGCAGGCAAAGGUGUUCCUCUAACGGCUUACGUCCUUUUAGCUUUCCUCGAAAAUAAAGCCGGCCUUCGGUACGGACCCAGUAUGCAGAAAGCGGCCGAUUUCCUCGUCAAAGAAUUGCCAUCCAUCACCGACCCGUACGCCAUGGCCUUGGUGACGUACGCUCUUCAUUUGGCCGAAGUGCCAUCGAUGGAUGCGGCGUUUGACAUGCUGCAGGCCAAGGCUAAUAAUACGGAAGAAGAGUUCCGCUCCUGGUCGAAACCGAGAACAGAAAAGGACAAAUCCAAUCCUUGGUCUUCUCUGACGACGUCCGUCGAUGUCGAGAUGACGGCCUAUGCUUUGCUAUCGUACCUUCAACGAGGUCUUGUGACGGAGGCUCUGCCCAUCAUGCGGUGGAUGGUUGCCCAGCGAAACUCGAACGGCGGCUUUUCGUCGACCCAGGACACGGUGAUUGGACUCUACGCGCUCGCCAAGCUGGCCGAGAAGAUUACGGUGCCCAAUACCAACAUUAACGUCAAGAUCAAACACGACACUGGUGCUGAAACCUUUUCUCUUAGCCGAGAAAACGCCAUGAUUCUUCAAAAGUUCAAGUUACCCCCAAAGACCACCCAAGUGGAAAUAUCAGCUGUUGGGAGUGGUUUCGCCAUCAUUCAAGUGUCCACUUCAUACAAUCUGAACGUAACCGGAGAAUGGCCGCUAUUCACUUUAGAUCCGCAGCUAUUCAAAAACGCUAAUCAAAACCGCAUGCAAUUAACAAUCUGCUCCAGCUUUGUCGGUGAGGAAAGCAACAUGGCUGUUAUGGAAAUCAGCCUUCCUUCUGGUUACGUCAUGGAUGAGGAUUCACUCCCAAGUCUCAGGGCUAUUAAAGAUGUCAAAAAAGUAGAAACAAAAGAAGGUGGCACAGGAAUUUCUCUGUACUUUGACAAGAUGACGAGAAAUACGGUCUGCCCAACUGUUCAGGCGUAUCGCGUCUUCAAAGUGGCAGAGCAGCGUAAAGUACCCGUCGUUAUGUACGAUUAUUACGACAGCUCUCGUCGUGCUCGCGUGUUUUACGAACCAGUUGCAGCCAAUGUUUGCGAUAUUUGCCAGUCAAACGACUGUAAAAACCAAUGCUCCACAUACCCCGGUUGGAGUGGCGACGAGGAUGGAUCGAAAGGAUGGGGAACGCUGGACGGCCGAACUAACAGCCGCACAACUGGUGGCCAGCAGUCAUUGAUUCCGACUCUACUAUGCAUUGUUCUGUCGGGUCUCACAAGUGCUUUACUCUUAAUUUAAUCUUUUUUUUUUUUUUUUUUGAUCAAACCUCUCUCAUUUAAUCUUUAAAAUUUUUCACUGUUUCUUUUUUUUUGUUUUUAAAAUAACUUGAUCCCUCCUCAUUUUAAUGUGCUGAUUUUUCGUCAAGGCUGUACACUAUUGAUUUUCCAUCCAGUUUUAUAGCAAAGAGAAACAAGUAUAGGUGUUUUAUUCCGCGUUUGCCUCGUUUCGCUUCCCGGAAUGUAAAAAUGAUUAAUACACGUGAUCUGAGUUGAAUGCUCGAUUACCU